CAGCACGCAGGAUACCCGCUCACACACACACACACACACACACACACACAUGCACACGCACACGCGCGCGCACUGCUGCCCGCUGGAGACCAGUUAAAUCCGCAAGAAAACUGCAGACGCGCACCAGAGCGCUCGCGUAACCCGGCCGAUAGGAAGCACCGCGCGGGACUAGCGGACACCGGGCGGGACCGUUUAUGUUCCCGUUCCUCGUUUAGUUCGUGAAGCACUUUUUCCUUUUUCAUUUGUCUGUAAUCAUCGCGGUGACACCGGAGAGAAGAACACAACACGAGAGACGGAGGCGGCGGCUGGACGUUCGGUGCUCUCCGGCGUGCGGCUCUUAUAAAGAGCUACGACGCGUUAACGGAAGGCCUGUUUGUGGUCCGUCCCGGCCCGAGGCCCCUGGUUUCACUCAUCCGCCUCGGCGUGGGGAGGGAAGAAAAAACAAAGAUAAAAGGGCCGUACGAAUGAGGCCGUGGAGACGCUGGACUGCGGUGCUGCUGGCGCUGCUGGCGCUGGAGGCUUCGGCGCAGAAGCUGCCCACCAGGGACGAGGGGCUCUUCCAGAUGCAGAUCAGAGACAAGUCGCUGUUCCACGACUCCUCCGUCGUCCCGGACGGAGCCGAGAUCAGCGGCUACCUGUUCAGGGACACGCCCAAGAGGUACUAUUUUGUGGUGGAAGAAGACAACACACCCCUGUCUGUGACCGUGACACCCUGUGAUGCUCCUCUGGAGUGGAAGCUCACGCUGCAGGAGCUGCCCGAGGAGGCCAGCGGAGAGGCAUCAGGAGAGCCUGAACCUCUAGACGAGCAGAAGCGGCAGAUGACCGUGGACGAGGGGACGGAGCUCUUCACCUACAAGGGCAACGACGUGGAGGCGUACGUGGCCACCAGCACCCCCGCCGGCCUCUACCAGCUGGAGCUGCUGUCCACAGAGAAAGACAGCAACUUCAAGGUGUACGCCACCACCACGCCAGAGUCCGACCAGCCCUACCCGGAGCUGCCCUUCGACCCCCGCGUGGACGUGACCGCGCUGGGCCGCACCACCGUCACCCUGGCCUGGAAGCCCACGCCGACGGGCUUUCUGAUGGGCCAGCCCGUCCAGUACUGCGUGGUGAUCAACAAGGAGCACAACUUCAAGAGCAUGUGUGCCGCUGAGGCCAAGAUGAGCGCGGACGACGCCUUCAUGUUGGCGCCGAAGCCCGGCAGAGACUUCAGCCCGUUCGACUUUGCCCACUUUGGCUUCGUGCCCUCCGACAACGUCUUCGGCAAGGAGCGCGGCCUCACGAGCAACAGGAUCUCCCGGGCGCACGCGACCAAGCCCAAAGCGCUGGACCUUCAGAAGGUGUGCAUCGGCAACAAAAACAUCUUCACCGUGUCGGACCUGAAACCGGACACGCAGUACUACUUUGACGUGUUCGCCGUGAACUCCGCGACCAACACCAGCACGGCGUACGUGGGCACCUUCGCCCGCACCAAAGAGGAAGCCCGUCAGAAGACGGUGGAGCUGAAGGACGGCAGGGUGUCCGACGUCUUCAUCAAGCGGAAGGGCAGCAAGUUCCUGCGCUUCGCCCCGGUGUCCUCGCACCAGCGGGUCACCCUGUCCGUCCACGCGUGCCUGGACGCCGUGCAGGUGCAGGUGCGGCGCGACGGCAAGCUGCUGCUCUCUCAGAACGUGGAGGGGGUGCGGCAGUUCCAGCUGCGCGGCAAGCCGAAGGGCAAGUACCUGAUCCGUCUGCGGGGCAGCAGGAAGGGCGCCUCCACCCUGAAGGUGCUGGCCACCACCCGGCCCAGCAGCAAGCAGCCCUUCCCGUCGCUCCCGGAGGACACGCGCAUCAAGGCCUUCGACAAGCUGCGCACCUGCUCCUCCGCCACCGUGGCCUGGCUGGGCACGCAGGACCGCAACAAAUACUGCAUCUACCGCAAGGAGGUGGCCGAGAGCUACGGCGAGGAGCAGCGGCGCCGGGAGCAGAACCAGUGCGCCGGGCCGGAGACCCGCAGGAAGUCGGAAAAGGUCCUGUGCAAGUACUUCCACAGCCCGAACCUGCAGAAAGCGGUGACCACGGAGACCAUCGCGGGCCUGGAGGCGGGGAAGACCUACCUGCUGGACGUUUACGUGGUGGGACACAGUGGUCACUCGGUGAAGUACCAGAGCAAACUGGUGAAGACGAGGAAAUAUUGCUAAAUGACUCUGCAAAGAAAAAAAAUCUAUUACAAAUAUAUAUAUAUAUAUAUUAAAUAAGUUUAUUUAACUCUAAGUGAUAUUCUACUAAGGAGUGUAUACAGACUGACUACUCACACGAGCGGAGGCGGCCUGUGGCGGUGACUGUUUGUAGAGAGAGAUAUCAAACUGUAUAUUUAUGUUCACGUUUCAUCGGGGGCCCCUGCGGGCGGCCUGUUUUUCCACCGGGGAGGCGGAGCUUGAGGGAAGGUCACCUCUCUUUGCCGCUGCACGACGCUCGGCUCUCGCCGGUCCCAUCUGUGCGUUCUCCAACCGGCCGCCCCGCGUUGUAUAGAUCUCUCACUGCGUGUUCACUACGUGUUUUAGGAGGAAUUUAAAUUAUUUUAUACUUUUCAACUCUCUCGUUCUUUUUUCCGUGAUUGUUUUUAUCGACGACGAUGAUAACUGUAAAAUUGGAAACUGUAAAUUGCAGUUUUCCGAUGAAGCCGUCGUAGUUUGGACAUUCCCUUGUGUAUCUCAGUGUUUGCUGUUCGUGUAAAUGUCUUCUGUGCCGGAGGUCUGUGUUAUUACCACUGUAUCGCUGUGGGAGUGUGUGUGUGUGCGUGUGCGUGCGUGCGUGUGUGUGUCACAUGUACAGUUGUCCUGCCAAUAUUCAUGUACAUAAACACUAAAUAUAGAACCAGUAAUCUCUCUGUCA